AUGUUUUCAUCACAAUUUCUCUUUUUCAUAUCGUAUUUACAGAAAAUUGAAUGUGAAGUAGCUCAUCGAUCAUCUUCUCCCACUUCUAAACAUCACACGACGAAAAACGGGUUUAGAAAGGUGGUUUUUUUUCAAGUUUGAAAAAAUAUUUGAUUGAUUUUUCAGAGAUGGGUAAUAAGAAGCAAAAUCGAGCAAACAAGGAGAAUGGAGCACUUUCUGUUGCAAAACGGAAAAUCGAGAAGCUGGAAGAAGAAUUGAAAAAAGAAAAAGAACGAAAUCAGGAUUUGGUUUCCAAAAAUGAGAGAAUUCAACAAGAAAUAUUUGUGAAAAUCGAGGCCGAAAUUGAAAUAAAAAGAUCAAAUCGUAGUUUGAACCUCGAUAUAUCCUCGGCAAGAGUUGAAAUAAAAAAUAUACAAGAUAAAUUGCAAGCGAACCAAUCCGAAUUGUUGUAUGCGAAGUUCCAGGCGGAGAAAUCGACAUCGUGUAAUUAUAGAGAAUCGUUUUCUAAACUUCAAAAUUAUCAAAGAAAACAAACAAGGUCAUCGAAUUGUGUGAAGGUUAUGGUAGAAGAAGGAGCUGAGGAGGAUAUCAAGCCAAUUUUCACUUAUAUUGCUGGUCAUUAUAAACGGCCCAAUGGACAAUAUAUGUUCAAGCUCUCGGAUAUGGAUAGCUUAUUGUUCAAGAAUAUUUUCCACCUUGGAGAUGAAGCGGUCAAACACAUCAAGCAAUUCUUUUUCGAUAGAUUUGGAAUUGAUAUUAUCUGUUCAAGAAUGAUCAUCACGAUGCUUGAGAAACAAUUAGACACAUCAAGGUUUUAUGAAAUUGGAGUGGAAAUUGUUAUCAUUAAUAAGAAAAGAGUGCAAAGAUUUUAUUGGAUUUGUAGGAAUUACGAAGCCGUUUUAUCGAUUCGUCUCACAGAUUUAUGCAACGCUGGUAGAUUAGGCUCAACGCCACUGAAAAUUAUCAAAGUUGUUGCAAGUGGAGAUAAAGGAGAUGAAGAAGUGAAAUUUCUCGUAGGAAUCGAGCAUCCAGAUAGACCAAAUUCUCCUUAUGCUUUAACGAACAUCGUCACAUUUUCUGGCCAAGACAACUUCGUAAACAUCAAAGCGAAACUAGGAUCCGCUUUUGAAAUGAUUCAAAAUGUUACAGAGAUCGAAUACAAAUAUGGAAAUGAAGUGAGAAGAAGUAUUGUGGAUACAAAAUGGACAGGUUUUUUUUCACUCAUUUUUCAAAUUUUAAUUUUAAUUUUUCCAGGUGAUUUCAAGUUCAUUUCUGGAGGAUAUGCACAUAGAGGCCAAUCUUGUAAAAACCCUUGUGUUUCCUGUGAAUGUCCUCUUACAACACAUGGUGCUUUUCGAGAUUUCCUCGCCAGUUACGAUUUCACCCAAAAAUUCGAAGCUCGCACAAUUGCACGAAUGAUAUCACAAUGUGAAGAUGGAACGGUUGGUAUGAUUCUCGGAGAAGAACCAGUGUGCAAAAUUGAACCUAAAAAAUUGGUGCCACCCAGUGUACACACAAUGAAUGGAAUUUUUGAGAAGUUCGUUUACAAGCCGACAAUAGCUAGAUCAAAUGGUGUCGAUUUGGAUUAUGAUAUUCCAGAUACAUUAGAAGAGCAAAAACGAGAUUUGCGAGAUUUGGCCAGAGAUGAGAAAGACCUUGAACAUGUGAUUUGUGAAAAUCAACAAUACAUGCACACGGCAAAGCUUAUGCUCGAAGGAUUAAUCAAUAACCAACCGUCAGCUGAGAGAAAUUGUGCCGCAACCUGUUGUAUCAUUGAUUAUUCAAGUGAAAAUGUAGCCACAUGGGUUUGCUGUGAUGUUUGCCAAAAAGACUACCAUCAAUUUUGCGCAUUUAUCAUCACCGAAGAGCAAAAAUGUCAUUUGAAUAAUCCGAAUUCAGAAUGGAAGUGUUGGAAGUGCGAUGAGGACGAACAUGAAAUUUUGAAAAUGUUAGAAGAAGCUAUUCAAGAUUUCGAUGAAGAAUUGAAACGAGAUAAUGAUAUGUUGCUCGAAAUUCAAGAUGAAAGAAAACAGAAGGAGCAAGUUAUUAUUCUAUCUCAAGGAUCUCACAAUAAGGAGUUGGAGGAUGUCUUCAGAAAGAUUGGAUGCAUGAACACUAUUUGGUAUUCGCAGUUGGUAGGAAAUCAAAUUCGCGCAUUUUUGAGACCCGAAAGUAUUGAUAUGGUGUUAAAUUUGUUUCCCCAAGACCACACUACUCAUCUUAUGCGAAAAUCAAUGCUUCUUCUUGGGCGCAUUAUGACAUUUUCUGGUCUCGAAUAUUUCGAAGACGAAGAUAUCGUGAUUUUCAAGACAUGCGUUUAUGAUUUUGUUGAUGUUUUGAAAGAAUUGUUUCCAAAUCAAGCUGUGACCCCAAAGUUACACUUUUUGGUAUAUCAUGUAGUUCCGUACGUCGAAGAAAAUAGAACUUGGGGAGGAUGUAUCAGUGAACAAAGCACAGAACACUACCACGUGAUUUAUAGGAAGGUGAAACGAAUUUUCCAAUCUGUUAGAAAUUUGCAAUUCCGUGCUGCUUUAAUGCUCCGUCGAUUUGCCGAGUUCAACCAUAUGCAUGACAUUGGAGCCAUCUGAUUGUUUCAAUACGUGGGUUAAUCACAAUUACUUCUCAGAUUUUUGAAAAAAAAGCGAAUUUUUAAUCAUAUGUUCUGAAAUAUUUUUUAUUCGAUAUUUGAAAAAUGUUUUAAAAAUCCAUUUUUUUCAGAAAUCUGUCGCAAUCAAUUAUUUGAAAUCCAAUGGCUCAAAUUGGUUUCCAAGGAAUAUUUAUUUGAACAAAAUCGAGAUUUGAAGGUAAAUAUUUUUUUUCAAAACUUGUGGGUUGAAAUUUCCAUUUUUCAGAAAUGUUCUUUUUUCCUGCCCAAUCCACGCAAAAAUUGCACCAAUUUGCUCGAACUCGAAUCAAAUUUUGGAGGAAAUGUUGCGCGGUGA